ACUUCUGCAUUCAACAGUUAAUUGUCGAGGGCGAGUGGCCCCAUUCCACCCCUCCAACUUCAUCUGUCAUGUGUCAGGGAGGUUGGGCCUCUCCAUGUCCCUGCCUGCCAAAAGAGCAGAUUGAAGAACAGAACAGGAGGAGAUCAAAGGUGCUGAAGUGGAAGAGAGAGGGUGGUUUUCUUCAUAUGGCAGGUCCAGUGAAGAAAAAAGGAGAGGGUGCAGGACUUGCACAUGGUUACACUUGAAAAGCUGUGCAUUUCCAUUUCAAAUGGUCCGAUGGCUUCUGGAGCAGGGCCAGACGGGGAGAGCCGUGAUUGCAUUCACUGCGUCGUCUGCUGAUGAUGCAUUGCUGCUCUGACUCACGCCCCCCUCCCUUCCUUUCCUCUCCCCUCCCUGUCUCAGGAUGUGGUACGGUAGGUGCCUGUUACAUGAUAUGGAGCGCGCUUGAGUCUACGGGAUGAGUCUACGGGAUAGCGGCAAAGCCGUGCGACUUUCACAUCAAAACAAAACGUCAUCCUUCUGGAAGCGGUCCUGGCCCUCUGUCCCAGAGGCACCCGGCGUUCGAGCAGGAGCGGAUAUGACCUGAAUAAGAAAACAGCUCAGAGGAGCUUUCACACUAUUCGAUUUAGGACACUUCAAAGGACACACUGUCCCCCUUGACAGCCCGUGUAUGCUGCAGCGAGCAGCAGAUGUGCAUGGACGAACCUCUGUAGUGGCAGAGCGUUGCUCUGGGAGGACUUCCCGGGACUCUUGCGUUGGGUGCCUACUUCUCUUGGAAGCCAGGCAUUUCUCCUCAUUCUCUUUUCCAAGACAGCUCAGAGCACUUUGGGGACAUGACUUUGGGACAAUGUCCGAUUCCAGCUUAUGGACUCUACUCUCCAACUUUUCUAUGCCUCACUUUAUCAGUGGAGCAAGAUUACGGCGCUCCAAAAGCUGCAGAACAAGCAACAGAAAAAGUCUAAUAGGGAGUGGACAGUCAUCAGCCCUUCCUCGACCACACUCACCUCUGUCAUCACACACAGGCACCAGUCCACAAGACAGCCCUAGAAACUUUUCCCCUAGUGCUUCAGCUCAUUUCUCCUUCACACGCAGAACUGAUGGGCGGCGCUGGUCCUUGGCAUCCCUUCCCUCCUCUGGCUAUGGAACAAACACACCCAGCUCCACCGUCUCUUCGUCCUGUUCAUCACAGGAGAAGCUUCAUCAGCUGCCUUUCCAGCCCACACCAGACGAGCUCCACUUCCUGUCCAAGCAUUUCUACACAGAGAGCAUUUCUGGAGAUGACCGCAGGAGAGCUACAGCUAUGCGACCACGCUCCCGCAGUCUCAGUCCUGGAAGAUCCCCAUCAUGCUGUGACCAUGAGAUUAUCAUGAUGAAUCAUGUGUACAAGGAAAGAUUUCCCAAGGCCACAGCUCAGAUGGAGGAGCGCAUCAAGGAGAUCAUUCAAAGCAACUCCCCUGAGAAUGUCUUGCCUCUGGCUGAUGGUGUCCUCAGCUUCGCACACCAUCAGAUCAUUGAGCUGGCCAGAGACUGCCUGGAAAAGUCCCGUCUCGGCCUCAUUACCUCAAGAUACUUCUGUGAGCUCACGGAUAAACUGGAAAGGCUCUUUCAGGAGUCAACUGAACGAUCAGAGAGUGCAGAGGUGACCUUCAUCAAGGACCUGGUGAAGCAGAUUCUGAUCGUCAUUGCCAGGCCUGCUCGACUCCUUGAAUGUCUGGAGUUUGACCCUGAAGAGUUCUACCAUCUCUUGGAGGCUGCAGAGGGUCAUGCCAAAGAGGGCCAAGGCAUCAAGACAGACAUCCCACGAUACAUUAUCAGCCAACUUGGUCUGACAAGGGACCCACUUGAGGAAAUUGCCCAGCUAACUAGCUAUGACAGCGGGAUUGCAGAAACUCCUGAGACGGAUGAGUCUGUCAGUUCCCACAGUUUGAGUGCAGCACUGCGGUCCCGGCGUAAACCCUGUGAGCUUGACUUUGAGAUGAUCAAACUGAUCAGUAAUGGGGCUUAUGGUGCGGUGUAUUUAGUGAGGCACAAAGAGACCAAACAGCGUUUUGCUAUGAAAAAGAUUAACAAGCAGAACCUGAUGCUGAGGAACCAGAUCCAGCAGGCCUUUGUGGAGAGAGACAUCCUGACUUUUGCUGAGAACCCUUUUGUGGUCAGCAUGUACUGCUCCUUUGAGACACGCAGACAUCUUUGCAUGGUUAUGGAGUAUGUUGAAGGAGGGGAUUGUGCUACGUUGCUGAAGAACAUGGGUCCUCUCCCUGUGGACAUGGCUCGAAUGUACUUCGCUGAGACUGUGUUAGCACUGGAAUAUCUCCACAACUAUGGAAUCGUCCAUCGAGAUCUCAAACCAGACAAUCUGUUGGUCACUUCAAUGGGACACAUCAAGCUGACAGACUUUGGCCUAUCAAAAGUGGGGCUGAUGAACAUGACCACUAACCUCUAUGAGGGUCACAUUGAGAAGGACGCUAGAGAGUUCUCUGAUAAACAGGUGUGUGGGACUCCUGAGUACAUUGCUCCAGAAGUAAUCCUAAGGCAAGGCUAUGGGAAGCCAGUGGACUGGUGGGCAAUGGGCAUCAUCCUCUAUGAGUUCCUGGUGGGCUGUGUACCAUUCUUUGGAGACACUCCAGAAGAACUGUUCGGCCAGGUCAUCAGUGAUGAAAUAAACUGGCCGGAGGGAGAGGAUGCACCACCAGCUGAUUCUCAGGAGCUGAUUACCCUACUGCUCAGACAGAACCCUCUGGAGCGCCUCGGCACUGCAGGAGGGGCAUAUGAAGUCAAGCACCAUCAGUUCUUUCACAGUCUGGACUGGAACAGCCUGCUGAGGCAGAAGGCAGAGUUCAUUCCCCAGUUGGAGUCUGAGGAUGACACUAGCUACUUUGACACACGAUCUGAUAGGUACCAUCACUUGGAAACUGAGGAGGAGGAUGAUACCAAUGACGAAGAUUUUAAUGUGGAACUGCGGCAGUUUUCCUCGUCUUCACACCGAUUCUCCAAAGUUUACAGUAGUCUGGAUCUGUCUCGAGGACAGCUGGAAGAGAAAGGGGAACAGCCAGAGAAGACAACAGACAGUUCUCUCACUGCUGACUCACUGAGCUGGACACCAGACUUCACUGAGAUCCCUUCUCUCUCUCACUCAUCUGACACUGAGAGCACCAGUUUGAGCAGAUGUUCCGGUCUUCUUCCUAAGUUUGCCAUCUCUGCAGAAGUGGAAGAUGGUGAGGGCACUCUGGCUCUGGAAGACCCCAGUAAAGUGACCUUUAGUAUUGGGGAGUUGCCUCAGGAUGAGCCUGAUCCCACCACACCCUGUAGCACCAUCAGUAACUCCACCCUCUCAGGCAGUUUCUCUGAGCACUUGGAUCAGGCGCCAUCACGGGGAGAUGGAGUAGAGAGUCUGGACAGCUCCUGUAAGCCUUCCUCUGAUACUGGCUCCUUCCUGACAGCUCCCAAACCUGAGGCCGCAGAAAAACAGUGUGUAGUCAGCAAAGUCACAAAAUCAGUGUCUACCAGCGCCCUGUCACUCAUGAUUCCUGGAGAUGUUUUUGGUGUGUCACCAUUAGCAAGCCCCAUUUCUCCAUACUCACUGUCAUCAGACCCAUCUUCUAGAGACUCCUCCCCCAGCCGAGACUCCUCCCUCAGUGGUGUCAUCUGUCGUCAGCCAAUCAUCAUCCACAGCUCAGGGAAGAAGUUUGGCUUCACUCUAAGAGCGAUCCGGGUCUAUGCCUGUGACAGUGAUGUUUAUACAGUUUAUCACAUGGUCUGGAAUGUAGAGGAUGGUGGCCCUGCUCACAAGGCUGGUCUCAAGGCUGGAGACCUGAUCACUCAUGUGAAUGGAGAAACAGUUCAUGGACUGCUUCACACUGAGGUGGUGGAGCUAUUGCUAAAGAGUGGAAGUAAAGUCGCGAUAUCUACUACCCCUUUUGAAAACACUUCUAUCAAAACUGGUCCAGCUAGAAGAAAUAGUUACAGAAGCAAAAUGGUGAGAAGAACCAAGAAGCCAAAGAAAGAGAAAACUCAAGAAAGGCGGCGUUCAGUAUUCAAACGUUUUGCCAUGCAGCCCUCUCCACUUUUACACACCAGCCGUAGUUUCUCCUCAUUAAACCGCUCGCUGUCUUCAGGAGAGAGUCUACCUGGAUCUCCCACACACAGCCUCUCACCACGCUCCCCCACAGCUGCCUUUCGUCCAACACCUGACUUCAACCAGUCAGGUGGCAAUUCAUCACAGAGUAGCUCCCCCAGUUCCAGCGCACCUAACUCACCAGCAGGCUCUGGCCACAUCAGACCCAGCACUCUGCAUGGCCUGGGUCCCAAACUACCCGGACGGUUACGUCAGGGUCGACGUAAAUCAGCAGGGAGCAUUCCCCUCUCACCAUUGGCUCGCACACCCUCCCCGACCCCUCAGCCUCAGCCGACUUCUCCUCAGCGGUCCCCAUCUCCCUUGCUGACUCACACUGUGGGAAGCUCCAAAACUUCUCAGGCCUUCCCUGCCAAAAUGCACUCACCUCCCACUAUUGUACGCCAUAUGGUGCGACCUAAAAGUGCAGAGCCUCCUCGGUCUCCACUCUUGAAGCGAGUUCAAUCCGAGGAGAAGCUUUCCCCCUCUUACGCUGGUGACAAAAAACAUUUAUGCACUCGAAAGCACAGUUUGGAGGUCACCCAAGAAGAGUCUCAAGGGGAGUCCUCAUCUAGAGGGGAGCAUAUCCCACCAUGCAUAGAGGAGAGCACUUCCUGUGAGCCACCCACCAUUACUCGGGUGAGGCCUGCUGAGCAGGGUUGCCUAAAGCGGCCUGUCACUCGCAAAGUUGGUCGACAGGAGUCAGUAGAGGAGCUAGAUAGGGACAAGCUGAAGGCUAAAGUGGUGGUGAAGAGGCAGGACUGGGCUGAAAGACGAGAGUCUAUGCAAAAACAGGACACCGUGCAAGAUGUGGAAGGUGCUGCUGCUGAAGAUAAGGAGUGGAGUGUCCUUACACGUCCCAGUGUGAGACCCCAGGGUUCUGAAUCUGGAUCCCUGGACAAGUCUACAAAUGCUACUUUGAAGGAUGUCCUCUACAAAAAGUUAAAUCCAAGAGUUUGUGAGAGCAUAGCUGAGUCUGUCACCAGUGGAGAAUGUGUAUCACUUUUAAGUGAGAAUGUGAGGUCUUGUCAGUCAGAGCGGCAAAUUUCUCGGUCAAUGAAGGAAAGUAAUAAACCAGAAAGAAUAGAUUUCAAAGCCUCCAACAUGGAAUUAGCCAGAAAGAGACAGUCCUUUGAGGAUAGGGAGGACUCCUUGUGUCGAAUAUCCUCUGGUGUUCAUGAAAGCAUUCAUUUCAACACCACCAGGUCCAAAAGUCUUCAGCUGGAUUCCGCGUUGGCUUUAGAACAUGUUAAAGGGGGCAUGUGCAACAUCCAUGGCACUUCUGAAACUUUGGCACCUAAGCUUUUUAGUGGGAGAGGAGAGAGUGCAGUAGAAAAACUUCAGAUGAUUGCUUCUGAUGGUCCUAUCAGGAAGACUUCCUCUGAGUACAAAUUGGAGGGACGGCUUGUGUCCUCUUUAAAGCCACUAGAGGGCACCUUGGACAUUGGUCUGCUUUCUGGACCUCGUGUAUCCAAGACUGACACAUGUCUUUCCAAAAUGGCAGACAACCAUGGUGAUAGUUCCAUGUUGGCAGAAGAUCUAUGUGGAAAACAGCCAAUUCAACAGAAAACCACAGAGAAACAGAAAAAUCCACAUGCAGGGAUUUCUGGCACACUUAACCAGAAGGACAAUGUGCAUUUGAGCAGCAAAACCAUUACAAAAGAAGAGUCAAUUUCCAAUAAGGACUUUACAAUAAGUCCUGCUUGCAAUGAGGCCUUGCAUGAUAAAAAUAAAUUUAAUGAUGGCGUGAAGUUGCAGAUUACAAGCACUAAAGUGGAGUCCAUAGACACAAGUGUGAAAUCGGAGACUAGGCUAAAGGCAGCUCAGGAGAUGAGAGCUGCACGACACAAUGCUCACUUUGCAUGUGGAAAAACACCCUCCAUCAGGGAAGUCAGCAAUGAAGACCAGGAAGAUGACAUGGAAAGUAUAGAGGAUACAUCUCCAAAGCAAAAAGAAACUCAGCUGAUACAACCGGUCCUUAGUAAAACAAAUAAACCUGAGGAAUUCCCUGUGUCUUCUGCUGUUCUUGCUCAGCUCAGCUCUGUCCUGCAAAUCCCACAAGCAAAUUCUACCAAAAAUAAUAGUAGGCUGAGUGAGACAACAGUCGGUUCACGCAGUUCAGUGAUGUCUGCAUCUCCAAAGCAAAAAGAAACUCAGCAGAUACAACCGGUCCUUAGUAAGACAAAUCAACCGGAGGAAUUCUCAGUGUCUUCUGCUGUUCUUGCUCAACUCAACUCUGUCCAGAAAAUCCCAGAAGCAAAUUCUGGCAAAAAUAAUAGUAGGCUGAGUGAGACACCAGUUAGUUCACGCAGUUCAGCAAUGUCUACAGAUAAGGAUGGCAUGAAUAAAGACAAACCAGCCGAUACAAAGACCACUGCAUUGAUAAAGCAGACCCAUUCAUCAGAAGGUGUUACAGACAAUGCAGUUGUGACAUCAAGCCCAACUUUGGCUACAACCAAGACUGUAAUAGAUAGAAAGGAUAGGGCUAGUAACACCAAAGACUUUCGUGACGUCAAUCCAGAGCGUCUUCAAGAUUUAAAAAGUUUGGGUAAAAACAUGGAGUCUGCGAAGGGAGACAGAACUGAUGGUACGCCAACCUCAGGGCAGGCUAAACCAGAGAUAUCCAUCAAAGAAAUGGCACCCAUCCCGCAGAGUCUGUCUUUAGCUUCCUCAGUCACAGCAUCCAUUGUGUCUUCUGUCUCAGCAGAUGCACCUGAGACCCCUAUUACUAAAAGCUCAUCAUCUACCCUUCAAAGAAAAUCCACUCCAUCUGCCAUUGCUGCCCCAUUGAAGGACAUGCCUGCUACUGAUUUAAAAUCCCAGGCCAGUGCAAGCACCACCCCACAACCUUCUGGGUUGGCUGAAGUAAAAACAACCACCAUCCAACCUCUACAGUCUGAUCAGACCUGUGCCAAAAUUUCAGGCUCUGUUGGCUUGGCCAAUGGACAGACAGCAAGUAUUUCAGUUCAGCUCUCCAAACAAAUCUCAGACAGAACACAAAAUUCUAGUGCAUCAAGUGGUAGCAGAGAAUUCAGUCUGCAAACCCAUCAGUCUCAACAGGGUUUAAACAAAAAUCAACCUGCAGACAAAAUAAAUGCAGAGGAGGCAAGUGGCCAAUCCAAUUUAAUGGUGAAGGAUCUUAAAACCUUGCCAGCAUGUGGGGAUAAAAUGGCUCCCAAAAAUGACUUAAAAUGCAGUGAAAAGAUUACUUGUGCCUCUAACCCUACCACUUCAGUCAAAGCUGAAGUUUCAGAAAACUGUGAAAAGCAGGAAGCCAUCUUCAGAAGUCAAGUAAACAUGAAUAUCACAUCAAAGGACGCGGGUGCAAGCCCACCAAAGACUAGAAGUUGUGACAUUUCAACAAAAGACACUGUGCAUGUGCAGUCUGCUGUUAAAACAGAAGUAAAGCAGAAAAUCAAGAGUGCUCCUGAUUUAGACACUGAGAAGCCUAAUAAGCAAGUUAUGGACAUGUCCACGACAGAGACAAGUUCAGCACAGACUGCAAUAAAACAGACGCAGCCGUCUAGUAGCACUAUACUAAAACAAACCCCUUUGAGCUCGAAAAACAAGCCCAGAGUAGACUCUCCACUUGUUACGCAAUCUACUGGGAAGGCAGUUGAAGAUAAGGGAAAGCAGGAAAACAUAGCACAGCUCAAAGACAACAUGGUAAAGCCAAAGGAGCUAAGAGAGUCAGUCUUGUCUAUGUCUAAGUCGCAGCCUCAUAAAGAGACCCGCACUGGUUCUCAAGGUGGCUCAGUGCCAGUGUUGCCUGUACCAGCUGUUAAAAUCCAUGUGUCUAGUGGGCUUCCUUCUGGUAAGGGCAGCACUGCUGCAGUUGAAUUACCUGGACCUUCCUCAAAGGAACAAGUGAAGUCCAAAAUUGAUGUUCCAAGAUCAGAGUCUCUCAAGGGCUCCAGCACAAGAGAUCCCAUAGGGACAACUACUACUACUACAUCCAGUCCUGACCCUAAACAUGCCUCCAGUGAGUCAAAGAUUACUGACAAACAGGUCUCAACCAACCGAAAAGAGCAAGUGGAAAAGAAGAGAAAGGAACCUACUCAAGAUACGUCGUCAGCACCUAAAGCUAACCGCAAAGACUCGUCAAGAGGCGUGCCUUUGGCAAAGGAUAAUACUACUAUUGAAAAAGAUUCAGUCCGUUCUAAACAAACAAAGGAUACGCCACGUGGGUUAACUUGUAAAAAGUGAUGUAUCGUAUUGUAUUGUAGUUGCCAAGCAUAUUGAAUUUCAAAGACUAUGAGGAUGUAAACAUAAUUUUUGUCUAUAUGUAAUAUCAUGAAGCCUUCCUAUCUGAGGACCGGUGAAGCUGUUACUUUGGGUUUUCAUAAGAAACCAGAGAUAAAUUUGUUUGUUUGUGUUGUGAUCGAUAAUGCUCCGUUAAUAUUAUGUCCAAAAAAGUGUAGGCUGAAUGUUGACUUGUUUUGCUGCUGAUUUGUGGUCUUGUUUUAGAUCUUGCAAAAGCACCAAAAUUAGUCAUUUGUAUUGUGUUGCGGUGUGAUGUAACGAGUGGCGUGUGCAAUAAUUGGGGAGACGGAGUGUAGAUGCCUUUUUUAAGGAUUAAAUGAACUGUGCCAAUCUUGGUUGAGUGUAAUUGUACCAAACAAAACGCACCUCAAAUUUAGAGCUGAAGGUGCAUGUUAACUGACUGUGUUAAAAAAAAGCUUCACGCUUAUUCAGGCUAGCGUUAUCAUGUAUUACACUGGUUUUUGAUGUAUUUAAAAACCACUAGGAAAAUAUAUGUAGCAAUGGUGCUAUUAAUGUGGCUUACACUCUGCAAGUAGAACAGAUCGCUUAUUUUCUUUUCUUUCUUUUUUUUUUCACUUAUUGUUUCUUUCUUUUUUUGUUUUUGACCUUAUCAGCAAAGUUUUGUUUUGGGUAGUGGUGCACAGAGGGAAAGCACUUUGUCCUGUGCUUCUCACCUGGAACUAUUUUAUAUUGGAAUCAUCUUAUGGUUCUGGAAUCGUAGUGGAAGGGGCCUUAGAGGUUUUUGGGGAAAUAUGACUUGCUGUUCUUAGCAGGUCAUGGUGAAAUUCACAUUCCUUUCACAUACAUUUCUAAGGAUUAAUUUUUAUGCAAUAUAUUGUAAAUACAGCAGCAUUAAUUGUACAGAGGGAUAGGUUGAAAACGAGUGUUGUAUGUUUUAUAUGUAUAUAUUUUGCUAUGUCAUAUGUUUGUAUACUGUACUUAAUGUUAGUCUCCUGGUGAUGUUAUCUGCUCAGUAAUUGCGCUGAUAUAGAGUCUAAACUAGCAGAAAAAUGAUAGUCUCGCUCUGAAAUGAAGUGUACUUGAAGUUUCACUAAGAUAUGUAGGGGUUAACCACAUGCAUUUUCAGAUAUGUAUUUUAAGUGACGCAGUAGAGUUGCUCUCUGAAUGUUCAUCGUACUUGAUGCCACUGACAAGGAAGUCACGCAUUUACAUAAAAACAGGGACAAGGCAGAUGUAGCACAUUAUAUAAGAGGCAAGUUUCAGAGACUGAAGGAUUACCCCGUGAUUAAGGUUUGCUACUAUGUAGAUUAUAUACAAUCUGUUUUUCAAAAAAGAAAAAUGUCAAGCUUUUAGGGCUAACAUUUGGCAUACAGGAACAUGAUGCAUUUCCCCUAGUUUAAAGGUUAAAAGGGCUCAUACAGGGAUAAUCAAAUGUGCUUUAGCAACACUAAAGGUAUGUCAGGGCUUGUGGUAAAUGUCAGGAGUUUCACUGCAUGUUCGUUCUUUGUGCCCAAUCAUAUUUAUACUUCUUACAUAUUCAUAUGCAAAGGACAACCCUUAUAAAUGGGGAUUGUGUAAUACUUUACUAAAUGCAUUUGUGCUAUUAACAUCUCUAGUCACGCAAUAGGACUGCUAAGCGCAUUUCCUGCACUUUUUACCUUUGAGACCUUUCAAAGCUCUCUUUCGUUUUUUUUUUUUUUUUUUUUUUUUUUUUUUUUUUUUGAAGGUUGUGCACAAAUGUUAAAAAAGGAUAUUUGUCAUUAGUUGUGCUUGAUUUGACCUUUAGGCAGUUGCAUAGUCACCAAUGAAGGUUAGCAUCAGAACAGAGAAGAAGAUGAAUCAUUGUGUCUUUUGAUAUUUGGUCUUGACUUUAAAACUGCUAUAGCUCUGCUGGUAUGUAUACAUCACGUACCAACUUAAAGUAAAGCGACUGUGUAUGUAGGCCAAUUUCAGUAUACUUAUAUUGUGAAACAUAUAUAUUACAGUAUGAUAUUGAAGUAUUUGCGAUUAAUGUUUUACAUAAACAGGGCAUAUAUCUGAGCUAAACACACAAAUGUGCAUAAGUAAUUAAACAACAGAAUGCACAGUGUAAAGAGAAUCUUUAAUAAAAAGAUUGUAGAGAUUUCAAAGUGUAUUAGCCGACUGAAGUUUCAGUUCUUUAUAGACUUUACAAAUGCAGUUUAGGAGGUCUAACGUGAUACGUACAAGGCACCUUAAUACUAAAAACACAACGCUUAUUGGGAAUUUGGGAAAGAGAUUCUAAGCAAACAUACUGUAAUAGAAACUUUAAUGAUAACGUGAAUGUUUUAUAGGACAUAUGCAUUGUCUGUUCUCAAAUAUCAAUAGUAUUGCCAUGAAUUAACCCCAGAUAUUUAUGUUGUUGGUGUUUUCUUUUCCUCCUUCCCCUUCGCUCUUCCCUUUUCUGACUUUUAAUGUUUAAAUCCUUAAAGAAGCACAUUAAAUGUUUGUUUACAACUACUUCAUGGAUGUAUAUUUUGUACAUUUGUGUUAUUUGCCAAAUUAAUGUGCUACGUCACAAGCAGUUAUGCUAUGAUCGGUGUGUGUGUGUGUGUGUGUGUGUGUGUGUGUGUGCGCGUGUGAGUUCCUCCUAGCGGACACUUGAUGUUGAAGACCAUUGGUGUGGUAGCCUAAUUGUUUGUUGUCUUUCCAGUUCAGUAUGUUCUUGCUUGUUUUCUGGAGAUUUCUUUCCUCUCUCUAUGUGUGAAAACAGUGUUUAUGUAGAUGACUCUGCUUAUCAUUGUCUUUUAGGAUCUGUGCAAUAAGAGAUGUGGUUUUGAGUUUUGUACAUCACCCACAGAAAGCUCUAUGGAUGUCAUAGAUGUUGUAUACUAUACAAAUAUUUAUACUUCUAAAGUUGUAUAAUACUGAAAAUAAAAAGGCAUGUCAAAAUAA